AUGUCAGGGAUUAAUCCAUCCAAAGAUCAUGUUAUCCAUCUUAAAAAUUCACCUACCGAUACUGCGGGUGCUCCAACUACUGCCGACAAAUAUGAAAACACGCGUCAUUUGAAAUAUGGUCAGACGGAAAAUCAAAAGAAAGAAGGCACUUCUGGAACCAUAAAUUCAGAAGAGACGGGGAGUCUCCUCGAUUCUACUCCUGUCCGUCGUUAUUCAGCAUCCUCGGACUCGAGACCAACAUUGCAGCAUACUUUUCAUGAAGAGUUCAUGGGCGGACUCCCCGGCGAUGACAUGAUUGUACGCGAGGAGCAAAAAGAAAAAGAACGUAAAAAGACAGAGCAAAGGAAGAAAACAUUUUGA